CUCGCAGCCACUGCCAGUCCGGUAUUCAGCUCGUCUGCAUGGCAAAGUCAUGAACUCCCUCUCGCCCAACUCAUCCCCCAAGGUCAGGCGCAAGGGCUCCUCCCGCCGCCCCCGUGCGGGCUCCUUUCUCCCGCCCUUCACCCCCGAGACCCACGACACUGCCCUCUAUGCCAUCAGGACGUACCUCAAGGGGCGGACGUCUUACGACUCGUUUCCCGUCAGUUUCCGUCUCAUCGUCCUUGACUCCAAGCUGGAGGUCAGGAAAGCACUGUCGUGUCUCCUGUCCAACGGCGUAGUCUCUGCACCGCUAUGGAACAGCGAGAAGUCGUGCUUCGCCGGCAUGUUUACCGUCUCAGACAUCAUCCACCUAAUACAAUACUACUAUCAAUUCUCCUCCUACGACUCUGCAGAGCAGGACGUGGAAACCUUCCGUCUGGAGUCACUAAGAGACAUCGAGAAAAAGCUUGGGGUAGCACCACCUCCCCUUCUCCGUGAAAGCCCUGGUUCCUCGCUGUACGAUGCAGCGAAGCUCCUCAUCCAGACUCACGCGCGCCGUGUACCGCUCCUAGAUCACGACACCGAGACAAAACAUGAAGUCAUUGUGUCAAUACUGACGCAGUAUCGUCUCCUGAAGUUCAUCUCCAUCAACUGUCCGAUUCACAUCCAGCAACUACAUCUCCCCCUACGGAAGCUGAAUAUCGGGACGUAUGUCACUGACUCAUCACAACCCGAUGACGACGCACCAGAGGACUAUAACCGCUUUCAUCCCAUCGCCACCGCCACCAUGUCAACGCUCGUCUUCGAUGUCGUGCACAUGUUCUCUGAACGAGGCAUUUCUGCCGUGCCCAUCAUCGACGAAGACGGUAUUGUUGUCAACCUUUAUGAGACGGUCGAUGUCAUUGCCCUUGUCCGCAAUGGUCAAUACCAGUCCCUAGACUUGACAAUAGCGGAAGCCUUGAACCUUCGCCAACCCGAUUUCCCCGGAGUCGUGAUUUGCACAGCAAGCGACUCAUUGGGUACGCUCAUGCAACUGAUCAAGAAGCGGAGGGUACACCGGCUGGUGGUCGUAGAGGGCGAAGAGGAGGAAAGGCGAGGCGGCAAGAAAGGCCGGCUUCUCGGAAUCAUCACUCUGAGUGAUGUUCUGCGAUACAUCAUCGGCGAGCCAGCCAUCGGGGAGACCCCCGAGUUCGCGUCUUCUCGGGUAUCUGUCGCUGAGAGGCGGCCGUCACAAGAGGGUGGCAGGCCCCUAUCAGUCGCGUCAGUAAACCCGCCGCUCCCAGAGGAGCAACCGCAGCCAUCGCCGACGGAGCCCACGCCUUCUGCGGUCGAGGAGACCCCGGCUCCCGAGCCUAUAGAGGAGCAACCUGCAGCAGAAGCAGCCGCGGAGGCAUCUGACGGGCCCGAUGCGGCCCCACCUGAGGCUGAAGAACCGGCGGAGAGUUGACGGUGAAUUCGGAGACGCAUACUAUAGAGUGUAUGAUUGUGUAGCCCUAUGAACGUCUAGUGCACUGGCGGAAUGUACGGACUAAUAUACCUUCGUGUAUUGUCCGAUGUCGUGGGUCGCUCGAGACGGGCAUUCGCGGAGGCCAGUAUCCUUGAAAAGGAUUGGGACAGUGACAAGAAAUACCCUUCAGGUUGUCUGCAGUCGUCUGUCUCUCGGAGAUGACUGGGGUGUCCAGGUCUUGUUCGGAACGGGCCCGACGCGAUCUUGAUGAUCGGCGGUAUGGGCGUCUGGGGGCGCUCGGGCGCUUCCGAGUAACGCGAGCUGAGACAUGCACUCACAGGCCUC